AAGAGCAAAGAGUCGAAAAAAUCAGAAAGUCAGAGCAGCAUCGAGUCGAAAACGAGUGAAGAGUCUUCGGAUAGCGACGCCGAGUCCUCGGAAAGCGAUUCGUCACAGGAGAGUGACGAUGCUAAACAAGAAACGCCAGCGAAAAAAGUCGAAACGAAGAAAUCCGAUGAUGCUCCGAAGAAUAAACGAGUUUCUAAGCCACCAACAACUGAUCAAUUGCUUUCGUUUGAUGAAGAUAUUCCUGUGGCUCCUGUUGUAAAUGGUCCUGCACAUAAGAACAUUCUUUCCCCUCGCUGGUGGACGAUAUGA